CCCUCUGAUAGCGGCUGACUUUUCAUGAGAAUCGUAUAAUUUAUAAUAGAUCACAUAACAACCAUGAUUCAACAAUGUAGCAGUGUUGUUAUGUUAAGCUUUUUGUUUCUGGAUUGGACACUGUGUACGGACUUUCAAGAAUCCCGUCGAUUUCUAUAUACGGCUACCACGCCAAUCCCGACCAAGUGCACUGUUGACGUAAACUGUACUGGUUUUAACUGUCCAAGGCAACAAUAUCCAUUUUGUGAACCCUAUUUACACUGGUCUGCUUGUGGAUGUACAGAGUGUACCUAUAACCAUCACUGUAGUUGCCCGACGGGAAUGAUUGGCCACUGCAGGGACGAUAUUUUUCAAAGGAAAUGUGAAUGCAAGUUAUUGCCUGGUCCCACCUGUAAAAGUGAUUCAGACUGCAGCACACAAGUAUGCACAGGAAACCUAAGCCAUUCCUUCUGCCAUGAAAAAAAGUUUCUCGUCUACGACUUUUCGUCCUGCGAUUGUAGAGAGUGUACCGAUAACCAUCACUGUAGUUGCCCGACGGGAAUGAUUGGCCACUGCAGGGACGAUACUUUUCAAAGGAAGUGUGAAUGCAGAUUAUUGCCUGGUGCCACCUGUAAAAGUGAUUCAGACUGCAGCACACACGUGUGUUCAGGAAACCUAAGCCAUUCCUUCUGCCAUGAGAAAAAGUUUCUCGUCUACGAUUUUUCUUCCUGCGAUUGUAGAGAGUGCUCCAAGGAUUCUGAUUGUCAUUGCCAGUCAGGGUGGAUUCCAAGUUGUCGAACUACUGCGUUUGGAAAUACUUGUCAUUGUAACCAGUCCAAUGUACAUUCUACGCACUCAACAACAACAACCAAAAUGGCGACAACUUCCACCAUAAUGACACCCGUGGUUUCCUCAGAUCCAUUCCAUGAAUCGACGACACAACCAACACAUAUGACCUCAAUGGAUGUGACAAUAUCAACGACAGAUUCCACACAGACUCCCCAGUCAACCAACACCACGAUACCCGAAAACAACACAUCUCUGAUAGUGGUAACUUUAACUACAAAACCACAAGGUGUAAGACAAUGCCACAUUUGCGGAGAUUCUUCCAACUCGAUACCGUGUGACAUAAGGUCAAUUUACGUGGGAAAUUUACAGGACUGUGCCCCGGGAGAGGAUUAUUGUAUGACUGACUUAAUCCAUAAUGGACAGACCUUUCCAAGCAUCUAUAAAAGGUGUGUGACUGAAGAAGAGUGUCGGAACAAGUGGCUCCACCAAACGUCUAACCUUGAACACUGUACCAACUAUGGCAACGUCCUUGUCAGAGGUCACUACAGCUGUCACUUCUGUUGCACAUCGGACGGAUGUAACUCCAAGCAGAUUCCUGACAACUCUUCAUUGUACAUUAAAGUCUAAGUGUAGCCAUAUAUAUAUGUCAAAUAUACAAU